AGAUGUAUCUACGACUUUAUGGGGCUUUGCCGCUCGAUCACGAGUGUGCUCACAAAUACAUCAGUGUCACAAACAGCUGCAAAUUGUGCAUGUGUGUGUGACAAGUGACAAGUUCUGGUUUUCAAAUUUUGUAACGCUUCUGUUCUGCCCUUUCAAGCACCAGAAAGGCUCGCUCGCUUUUGACCGAUGUUUCCGACCUUGCGCCUUGCAGCUAGACUACUAUGGCAACUUCUCCGCUUCUUGUGUCAGGCCUUGCAGAUGGCCUCAUCUCUCGUGACUGUGCGCAAUACUCAUCGUGAUUGUCUGGGGCGCUUGAGAGAACGAAGGUGGACUUCCAGGAGCCAGAGCGGCUGGAGUCGUGAAAAGAGUCAUGGCAACUAAUAGCAUGCGAGGAUGCGCUUCUUUGGCGGCCUUGCACGUGUGCACUUGGAAAGCAAUUGGCUGUCCACUAUCAGACCACAUUGUGAUUGUCUGGGGGUGCUUGAGAAAUUGAAAAUGGGCAUCCAUGAGCCAGAGCGCCUGGAGUUGUGAAAAGAGUCAUAGCAACUCAUAGCAUGUGAGGAUGUGCUUUUUUGGCGGCCCUGCGCGUGCGCACUUGGAUAGCAAUUGGCUUUGGGACCACAUUGCUUGUUGGAUUGUUGGGGCCGCAGAGAUUGCAACAUGCGUCACUUGCAGUUCUGUAGCAAGACACCAUGGGAUCUCCGUUGGUCACUGCCAGAGUCAGUAGUGAUGGAGGACACUGUGUCCGUCCCUUCCAUCCUUCUUCUCACCCCAUAGGGCGUUUGUGCCUUGCUCAAUUUGCCUGAGCUGCAAAGACUGGCUGCCCGGCCAAGCUAAGAAGCCUGAGCCAAGUCCAAGCGCCAGCCACAUGCUCCAUUAUCCACGUCCAAGCGCGACUGGCUGCCGCAACAGCUGAAUCACUGUUUAUGACCAAAGCCGCAACCGCCACAGCUUCAAGAUGCUCUUUGUGUUGUUUGCGGGGGCACAAAAGGCUGAUGGGCCAGUCCUCUUUGUUGAAUGCGGGAAUGUUGACCGUUCCAAAGAAUGGCAUGGCAAGCUCAUAGCUCUUCUUCGACAAGGGUGCAAGUGGACCGACCAUUGAGCAACCUAUUCCCGAAGUGAAGUCGGUGCCAUUGCCGACGCGCUAGAUUGAGCGCCGAGGACCUCUUUGCUACCCAUGACGGGGUCACCGCGACCUGCUGUUGCAACGCACUCGCGCGUCCGAACGUUUGUCAGCAAAGAGAUAUGUAGGUGCAGAACGCAGCUAAAGACUGAUCACUGUACGAAAAGGGACCACUGCGUCGGGAUUUCGUGUAUCUGCCAGAGCCGAAAGGUUUGGCUAGGGGAGGCUGAAAGCUGCCCGCUAAGCCUUUCGAAUCUCGGGUACGGGUCUUAUAAGCACAACACUCCUGACUUGCGUUUGACCCAACUUUGGCCACACCGCGUCUUCCAGGCGUGCUGCCUGCCUUGCCUCGCCUCGUGACUGCCAUGGCCGCGGGGAACGCGAGUCGGUAAUGAUGCUCGCGAAUGGCUCGGUAAGAUGGACCCUUCGAUUUGACUUGUGACCAUUUUUGCAACUCCAUCUUCUCUCAUUUGCGGUCAAGGAAUGAAUCAGCAGUCCGCCUUCGUUCGGCAACAUGUCCAAUCGAAAUGGCCCGGUGUGGUGUAGACAGACACAUCGCUCGUUCGGCACGUUGGUGCGCGAGG